UUAAAUAGACGCAUUGACUUCAUAGGUUUGACUUGUCUGGCAGGUAUCUGCAUUGUUUAUGCUAUUUUUGCAUCACUUUUGAUCAUCACAAACAAAAUACCAAAUAUGUGUUCUGUCGAUAUAUGUCCAUUUAAUUUGAAAAUUACACCGGUUGGAAGUUCACUACGGAUAUCAUGGUCAAUAUCUGAUAAAGUACCUACUAUAGACAUACUGGGUUACAACAUUUAUCAUACCUAUAACGGAAAAUGGAAGCAGAUUUAUGUCAAAGAAGACAGACAUUAUUCAUUUAAUAAACUAAAGCCAAGUAAAACUUACAGAUUUAAAGUCUCAGCCUGUUUAAGGAAUAGAGUCGAAAGUAAAUGUACCCAAGAAGAAACGUUCAACACAGAAUUGCCCAUACAACCAAAAGUUGGAAUUCCAAAUGGGGAAAACAGUAAAAUUGUUCUGACGUGGAAUUCACCACGAAAUACUUUGAUAAAGAUAGAAGGAUACGAGAUACAGUGGUCAAUUGACAACUGGCAUACUAUUGCUGAUAAAAAAAUUGUUGCGUUCAAUGUAUUUAGACAUGAAAUAGAAACAGCGAAAGAAGGUGUGAUUUACUGGAUUAAAAUCUGUUCCUGUAGCAAUUCGGUGAAAAGUUUAUAUGAAGUAUUUCAGCCAUUUACGACUCGACAUGAUAUGUUUACAAUGGAAGUAACAUAUGACACUUAUGAUCAGAAAGACAAAGAUCUAGUGCAAAACAACGUUGAUGAAAUAUUUAAAAACACCUGUAAUGGAUUUCCAGGCGAUCAGAAAAUAAUUCAUAAAUCUGAAAGUGAAGGCAGCAUAGUAGUUACAAUUAUGUUUAUAUCUGAAGAAUUUAAUGAUGAGAAGGUGUUACAUGAUACCUUGAAGAAUGCAUUUCAGAAGGAGAUGAUUGGAUCUCACACAAUAAAAUUCAAGCAUUUUUGGCUAAAAAAACUGAACGACCCAUCACCUCCACAGCUAGUAAAAGCAUCACGUGUCCAUAAUGGUGUAUUGGUUUCAUGGAAAGAACCAUUAAGCACUUUUUUCAAAACCAAAGAGUACGUAGUUGAGUAUACGGAAGAGCAUUGGAUAUCUCCGGAAAGCAUUGUUGUACCAGUGGACAAGAAUUCAUGCUUCAUUACAAAGGUGUUACCAUCCGCAAAAAUUCAAGUCAAAGUCUACACUUGUAUUUGCCACUCGAUUAGAAGUUCUCCGAGUCAUGCAGUCAGCACAGUUGUUAAAGGGUAA